UAUGUGUUACUUUUUAAAGAAUAAUGAAGAAAUUAAAAAAUGCAAUUGUUGGGGAUUUAAGAUUUUUUCGGACUUAAUUUCCUUCCGAGAUUUUUGGAAGCGACCAGAAUUUUUUAAAGUAUAAAAUGCGAAUUUAUGAAAAAUAAGGAAAAUGAAGGUCCGUCACGUUUACAUGAUAUUUCUUAUUCAAGUGGAACUAGUUAUAUAUAAUUACUGUAGCAAACCAUCACAGUAUAAUUUAUUGUUACAAUCUAUCAACAUUGGAGGAAUGCUAUCAAAUAAGGAGUUUGAAGCGUAUUUUAACGAGACUGUUGACAACCUCAAUUUUGACUCACCUUACAUAAGUGCAGGGAUAACUUACCGCCAUGUAGUUUUAGAAAUGGAACCCAAUCCUAUAAGAACUGCUAUAAAUGUUUGUAAACACCUGAUAGCUAGACAAGUUUUGGCGAUAAUUGUUUCUCAUUCUUCAGCUGGAGAAUUGUCUCCCGCAGCUGUAUCAUAUACCUGUGGAUUUUAUCAUAUACCAGUUAUUGGAAUUUCAUCGAGGGACUCAGCUUUUUCUGAUAAGAAUAUUCAUGUAUCGUUUCUUCGAACAGUUCCACCAUAUUCGCAUCAAGCUGAUGUAUGGGUUGAACUACUAAAAUACUUCAAUUACAUGAAAAUCAUUUUCAUUCACACUUCAGAUGCUGAAGGAAGAAGUUUAUUGGGAAGGUUUCAAUCCACGUCCCAAAUAAUUGAAAACGAAAUGGAUAUAAAAAUUCAGGUUGAGUAUAUAAUCGAGUUGAAUCCAGGAAUGUCGAGCUACAAAUAUUCUUUGCAAGAACUAAACAAAGCUCAGUCUCGUGUUUACUUACUACAUGCUUCCGAACAAGAUGCAGAUGUUAUUUUUAAAAAUGCAGCAGAAAUGAAUAUGACAGGUACUGGUGCAGUUUGGAUUGUAACUGAGCAAGCUCUCAACUCCAAAAAUAUACCGACUGGUGCCUUAGGACUCAGAUUAAUAAAUGCAACUGAUGAAAAGAGUCACAUCAAAGAUAGUUUGUACGUGUUGGUCACAGCUUUGAGAGAAAUGAAUUUGACUGAUAAACUUAUAGACUCUCCAAAAAAUUGCGAUAAUUCUGGUCUUAUAUGGGAAACUGGCAGAAAAUUAUUCGAAUUUAUAAAACAACAAAAAAUUGAUUAUGGUCAGACUGGUCGAAUAGCAUUUGAUGACAAUGGAGACCGAAUAUAUGCCGAAUAUGAUAUUCUCAAUGUUAAGUCACCUAGAAAAAUUGAGUCAGUGGGACAAUAUGUGUAUUCACCUGAUGUUAAAAAAAUGAAACUAUUAAUGAGUGAUUCUAAUAUCGUAUGGCCUGGAGAUUUGAAACAUAAGCCAGAAGGUUUUUUGAUUCCUACUCACUUGAAGGUAUUAACUAUUGAAGAAAAGCCGUUUGUUUAUGCUCGAAAAAAAAAGUCAGGAGAGUGUCGAGAAGAUGAGAUACUAUGCCCCUACUACAAGUAUUCUUCAUCAAUGAAAGAUGAGAAUGAAAAAAACUGUUGUAGAGGGUACUGUAUAGAUUUGCUAAGAGAAUUAUCUAAAACGAUCAAUUUCACCUACAGCUUAUAUCUCUCUUCUGAUGGAGAAUUUGGAAGCUACAGUUUUCAGAACACAAGUUCAACGAAAAAAGAGUGGACUGGACUUAUAGCUGAAAUAGUAUAUGAGAAAGCGGAUAUGAUCGUAGCACCUUUAACUAUUAAUCCAGAAAGAGCCGAAUUUAUUGAGUUUAGUAAGCCAUUCAAGUACCAGGGUAUAACGAUUUUAGAAAAAAAACCCUCAAGAUCAUCAACAUUGGUCUCAUUUCUACAACCUUUCAGCAACACAUUAUGGAUUUUAGUAAUGGUAUCAGUCCAUGUAGUCGCAUUGGUUUUAUACUUACUCGAUAGGUUUUCUCCUUUUGGAAGAUUUCGAAUGACUAAUUCUGAUAAUACAGAAGAAGAUGCUCUAAAUUUAUCUAGUGCUAUAUGGUUUGCGUGGGGAGUUCUUUUGAAUAGCGGAAUCGGCGAAGGUACACCAAGAAGCUUUUCAGCACGAGUCUUAGGGAUGGUGUGGGCCGGUUUUGCAAUGAUUAUCGUUGCAUCUUAUACUGCUAAUUUGGCAGCAUUUUUAGUGUUGGAGCGUCCUAAAACGAAGCUCUCGGGGAUUAAUGAUGCUAGGCUCAGAAACACAAUGGAAAAUUUGACAUGUGCAACUGUCAAAGGUUCAGCAGUUGACAUGUAUUUUCGUAGGCAAGUUGAGUUAUCUAACAUGUAUCGUACGAUGGAAGCAAACAAUUACAAAACAGCUGAAGAAGCUAUCAAUGAUGUGAAAAUUGGGAAGUUAAUGGCAUUUAUAUGGGAUAGCUCUCGAUUAGAGUUUGAGGCAGCCCAAGAUUGUGAAUUGGUUACUGCAGGAGAACUUUUUGGGAGAUCUGGAUAUGGAAUUGGUAUGCAAAAGAAAUCCCCUUGGGCUGAUGCUGUAACUUUAGCAAUACUUGAUUUUCACGAAAGUGGUUUUAUGGAAAGUUUAGAUAAUUAUUGGAUAUUACAAGGGAAUCCUCAACAGUGCGAACAAUUUGAAAAAACACCAAAUACUUUAGGUCUAAAAAAUAUGGCUGGUGUGUUUAUUUUAGUAGGAGCUGGGAUUAUUGGUGGUAUUCUUCUUAUUGUGAUUGAAAUGGCUUACAAAAAACAUCAAAUUCAAAAACAAAAAAAAAAUGAACUGGCAAGACACGCUGCGGAUAAAUGGCGAGGUGCUAUUGAGAGACAUAAGUACGAUUGA